AUGGAGGUUUCCAAAGCCACCAAAAUUUUUGUCUCAACUGGACGCCGGAUCUUCACCAUUGGCUUUGCCUUGCUCAUAUUAUCAAUUCUGGCAUGGGCCUACAUUACAGGCAUCCAACUCGUUGCUGACCAAUACCACAUCAUGGCCUUUGGUCUCUAUGGAGCCUUCCUCGCAUCCCACCUCAUCAUCCAAAGCUUCUUUGCUUUCCUGGAGCAUAAGAAGAUGCGGAGGGACUCGCUGACUUGCAGCUAUACCAAGGCAGUGGCCCUCACCAUCUCCGCGUAUCAGGAGGACCCAGCCUACCUCCGUGAGUGCCUUCAAUCUGUCAAGGCAACCCUGUAUCCCCCAGAGAAGCUCCGGAUCAUCAUGGUAAUAGAUGGCAACAGCACUGAGGACCAAUACAUGAUGGAUAUGUUCCAAGAAGUCUUCGCUGGAGAAGAUGUGGGCACUUUUCUUUGGGAGAACAACUACCACCACCAACCUCAGCUGGAUGUGGAUAAAGGAGACAGUGGUUACCAGACGGGGGAUGAGCCCUCUGCCUACACUGAGAUUGAUAUGGAGGACCCUGGACAACUGGUGGUGGAAGAGCUGAUCCGCACCAAGAGAUGUGUCUGCAUCAUGCAAAAAUGGGGUGGGAAGAGGGAAGUCAUGUACACAGCUUUCAAGGCCCUUGGGAAUUCAGUGGACUAUGUUCAGGUAUGUGACUCAGACACCAAGUUGGAGCCGGAGGCAACGGUAGAACUGGUGAAGGUGCUGGAGUCAAAUGAACGCUAUGGGGCUGUCGGCGGAGAUGUGAGGAUCCUCAACCUCUCCGACUCCUACAUCAGCUUCAUGAGCAGCCUGCGCUACUGGAUGGCUUUCAACAUUGAGCGUGCCUGCCAGUCCUAUUUCAACUGUGUCUCCUGUAUCAGUGGUCCCUUAGGUCUGUAUCGGAAUGACCUCCUACAGCAAUUUCUGGAGUCCUGGUACAAUCAAAAGUUCCUGGGAACACACUGCACUUUUGGGGAUGAUAGGCACCUUACCAACAGGAUGCUGAGCAUCGGCUAUGCCACCAAAUACACAGCCCGUUCCCGAUGCUACUCAGAGACCCCAUCCUUAUUCCUACGUUGGCUGGCUCAGCAAACCCGUUGGACAAAGUCGUACUUCCGGGAAUGGCUAUACAAUGCCCUCUGGUGGCACCGACAUCACCUCUGGAUGACUUACGAGUCAGUGGUCUCUGGCAUCUUCCCUUUCUUUGUCACAGCCACUGUCCUGCGGCUCUUCUAUGGGGGGAACCUGUGGGAUGUGCUGUGGGUGUUGCUCUGCGUCCAGCUGGUCGCCUGUGUAAAGGCCCUUUAUGCUUGUUGGCUGAGAAGUAGCCCAGUCAUGCUCUUCAUGUCACUCUACGCUGUCCUCUACAUGGGAGGCCUACUCCCAGCCAAGUACUUUGCCAUCUUGACCAUGAACAAGAGCAGCUGGGGCACCUCAGGCCGGAAGAAAAUGGUGGGCAACUACAUGCCUCUGCUACCUGUUUCCAUCUGGGGUCUGCUUCUGUUGGGAGGCCUGAUCUAUACUAUCUACCAAGAGGCCCUGGCUGAUUGGACAGCAGAGGUCAAACAAACCGAGAUCUGGUACUUGCUUGCUGGUUUGGCCAUCUACUCGGGCUAUUGGACAUUCAUGGUCAUGCUUUAUUGGGUCUGGAUUCGGAGGUGCUGCCGGAAACGAAUGGACUUCUACAGCCUUGAGGUGUGAGCAGGGAAGAGGGUGAAGAUCUCCAGACUCCUGGGUUCUCCUCCAAGCUGUAGCAGUACAGAGCAGCUUAACUGGAGCAUCUCCAGGGUCAGGCUAGAAGUUUAUAAUUUAGGGGGAAGUCCGACUCUUUCCCUCUCGUCUUUUAAACCC